GGGGGUGGUUAGAAGGAAAAUCUAAUGGCGUAAACUCAUACACCUUCCUCUUUCAUCACCUAUCAUUAGACAUGUCUGGAUCCGAUCGUUUGUACAGCAAGGGCCGCGUCUUGGGCUUCGAACGUGCCAUGCGUACCCAAAACCCUAACGUUUCUCUCAUUCAAGUUGAAGGUGUCCAAACCACCAAGGAUGCUCAAUUCUACCUCGGUAAGCGUAUCGCCUAUGUCUACCGUGCUCAACGUGAGAUCAACGGUUCCAAGAUCCGUGUCAUCUGGGGUCGUAUUGCUCGUACCCACGGUACCAACGGUGUCGUCAAGGCCCGUUUCCGUAAGAACUUGCCCCCCAAGGUCUUCGGUGCUUCCGUCCGUAUUAUGCUUUACCCUUCCAACAUCUAAAUUUAUUUUUUAGACUGUCGAAUUUUUUAAACCAAAAAAUAAAAAGUGAAACUUUAUACAUUCA